AUGAACUUCAAGCAUAAAAAUGAAGCAAUUACAGACAGUUGGAUGAUUUGUGACGUUGAUGUUGUGCAUCAGACAAUUACGAAGUUCCUUAUCACAUAUAUCUACGAUCGUGUUUCGAAAGUCGGUCAGGAUGGUAAAGAUAAUCCGAAUAUAACUUCGAUAAUCUGCUAUAAUUUUGCGUCAUUGGGUAAUUGUCGAAAUUCAAAUUGCCAAAUGCAUCACGUAACUCCGACACCAUUCCUUCUGUUCCGACGCCAGAAACUUGCAAGACUCCAAUACACUGUGUGCGACAGUUGGAUCUGCCCAGAUGUUACUUACAUGGCUCUUGCCAAUCUUCCUAUUCACGUUCGUGAUGGUCUUAUAAAUGAAGCUUACAAGACAAGGUUAUUUAAUAAGUCCAAGAAUGCUAACGAUUUUGAUGUUAUGUUAAAAUACAUGUUAGUUAUUCAACAGCUGCGUGAAAAAACGGUUAUCGAAGGGUUCAAUCGGGAGAUGUCAAAAACAAAAGUACUUGCACACCCUAACGAUUUGACCAUUGGGUUUGAAUAUUACUGUGGAAAUUAUCAAGCGAUUCCAGUUGGAAGAUAUCUCUCGCAAUUUUUCUCUUUUCUUUAUAAUAAUAAAGUGAUUUCCGCAAUAAUAAGUUCAAAGUCAUUUAUUAAUUAUGCCUUAAUAAAUAUUAAACAAGUCAACCUGGUUUCAUCCGAAUCUCUUGGAGAUCUUACAUCUCUCGUGGAAUUUACAACUUCUUUGAUUUUCGCAGUUGGUCAAAAAUAUUGUGAUUUGUGUCUUCCUCGAGCCUAUCUGAUUAAUUACUUUGAAUCAUUUACUGCGAAACCACUCAUUCCAGAUCGAUAUACUUAUAGCAGAAAGAACUAUCUGUCUGCAAUCAAUAAUACGAUUGAUCAAGUUCAACAGCUUCUCGACCUUUUGUUUUGUAAAGAACAGGAUUAUUUGACAAUUAUCCUUCGUCUGAUACGGCUUUUAAUUAUUAUCGGUCUAAAUGAAUCUAAGUUUGAGCAAAAUAUCCUUAAUCUUUUCAAACAAUUUUUUAGUAAAUUCGAAAUCUUUUCUACAAAAAUCAAGAAAUACUUAAAAGAGGACGAUUUUACACGUCUCGAGAUCAUUUUACAUAACGAUCUCAAGGAGAAAUGCUGUUACUCUUUGGUCAUCGUACAUCAUCAAUGUAUUGAGGAAUUCCGUUCCUCCCUUCGAAAGAUAAUAUCCUCCGUUACCGAAAUUCCGGAAGAUAAACUAGCCUUGCUUGAUUCUUUCGUUGAAAGUUAA